UCUGAGAUUGGGAACAACUUAUAUUUUGGCUUGUAUUCACUGAUCAUGGGGUGAUCCAGAAAUAAACUCCAGGCUUCAAAGUGAGCAUGUUUCAAAGCUGUCCUGCAGUUGAUCGAAACAUCCAGGCAAAGCAGGGAGACAAAUACCAUCGAGGAUUUUCUGAAUUAAGACUUGACCAAGGAGAUAACCCAUUUCAACACUAUUAUUACCCUUUUAUUUCAGAACAAAAAGGAAAGCAAAGAAUUAUAAAAAUGGCUACGACGGCAGCAAAUACUCAAAGACAAGCAAUAGGCUGCGAGGAGUACAGUCUGUACAGCAGCCUGAGCGAGGAUGAGCUUAUAAAGAUGGCCAUCCAGCAGAGCUUGGAAGAGGACUCGGCGGGCCAGCCGGUGGCCCAGAGCCCCCAGAAGUCGCUGGUGGCCCAUGCUGGUGAAGUGGGCGCCCCAAGCCGUGCCAGCCCACACAACCCUCCCUACCGCAUCUACCCCUGGCAAAGAUUGGCGGCCCAGCAGACAGGCCGUGCUCAGCCGUCCAGCUCGGGGGCAGCCUGGGGGGUCAGGCGAAGGUGCGACAGCAGCCAGUUCAGCACUUCCCAGUCCGUAGAAAUUGACCCUGUAGUGGCAGCAAUCAGGGAUGGAGAUGAAAAAGCAGUAUGCAACAUGAUGAAAUCAGGAAAAAACCUUUCUGUACCUAAUAAGGAUGGCUGGAUACCCCUCCACGAAGCUGCAUACUAUGGCCAAGUGGGCUGCCUGAGCCUGUUGCAAAAAGCGUACCCAGGCACCAUCGACCAGCGCACCCUCAACGAGGAGACAGCUCUGUACCUGGCCACCAGCCGGGGCAACCUGGACUGCCUGCUCACCCUGCUGCAGGCUGGCGCCGAGCCCGACAUCUCCAACAAGGCCAGAGAAACGCCGCUCUACAAAGCUUGUGAGCGCAAGAAUGCAGAGGCUGCAAGACUCCUGGUGCAGUACAAUGCAGAUACCAACCAUCGCUGCAACCGAGGAUGGACCGCUCUCCAUGAGGCUGUCUCCCGCAAUGACCUGGAGAUCAUGGAUAUCCUUGUGAAAGGGGGUGCCAAGAUUGAGUCAGCAAAUGCCUACGGGAUCACCUCUUUGUUUGUGGCAGCUGAGAGUGGGCAGUUGGAAGCUCUGAGAUACCUUGCAAGAUGUGGUGCUGAUAUAAAUACACAAGCCAGUGAUAACGCCUCUGCCCUUUAUGAAGCCUGUAAAAAUGGACAUGUGCCCAUUGUGGAGUUUCUUUUGUCCCAAGGAGCAGAUGCUAACAAAGCCAAUAAGGAUGGCCUGUUACCUCUUCACAUAGCAGCCAAAAAAGGGAUUUGCGAGAUUGUCUCCAUGCUGAUCCCCGUGACCAGCCGCACCCGUGUCAAGCGUAGUGGCAUCAGCCCCCUGCACUUAGCGGCCGAGCGCAACAACGACGAUAUCCUGGAAGAGCUGAUCGAUGCUGGCUACGAGGUCAACACUGCCCUCUCUGAUGAACGAUCCUGCCUUUAUGAGGACAGACGCACAACCCCACUCUAUUUUGCUGUUUUUAACAACAACAUCUACGCCACAGAGCUGCUGCUGCAAGCCGGAGCCAAUCCCAAUGUUGACCUCAUUAACCCAUUGCUCAUCUCCAUCCGCCACGGCUGCCUGAAGACCAUGAAAUUGCUUCUUGACCAUGGGGCAAACAUUGACGCCUACAUAUCAAGUCAUCCCACCACGUUUCCAGCUACCAUCAUGUUUUCAAUGAAGUACCUUUCCGUGCUGAAGUACCUCCUGGAUCUGGGCUGUGACGCAGGUUCCUGUUUUGAGUGUCAGUACGGAAAUGGCCCACACCCUGCAUUAAAUUACAGGCGGGAAAGACUUAAUGAUCCUCAGGUGACCAGGGAGCCAGCAGUAGUACAGUUUUGUGAAAUGGUGUCUACUCCAGAGAUAAGUCGCUGGGCUGGGCCGAUCAUCGAUGUCCUUCUGGAUUAUGUGGGUAAUGUGCAGCUCUGUUCCCGUCUCAAGGAGCAUAUUGACAGCUAUGAGGACUGGGCUGUCAUUAAAGAAAAAGCAGAACCUCCACGGCCUCUUUCCCAUCUUUGCCGCAUCAAGGUACGGAGCCUGGUUGGAAGAAACCGCAUUAAACUGCUCGACACCCUGCCCCUGCCAGACAGACUGAUCCGCUAUUUACAGCACGACUACUCGCAGUGACCCCAGGCACGCUGGAUACGCAGCAGCUUCCCCAGUGGCACCCAGUGUCACCCAUGGCACAGGUGCGCCCUGGGGAGGAAUUGCUGCUGGCUUGGUCAAGCACCCUCCCACGACUAAUCUAAGAGAAAUGUGCUUUUGAAGCAUGAGUGAGAAGAAAAUGGAGGAGACAGCUAACAUAGGAGACUGCUGUUAGGUUUUUCAAGAGAAAACACAUACAAUUCACCUCAGACGUUAGUCUGCAAAGAAGAGACGAAAGGCAAUACUGACAAAUGAAUAGUGCUGAAGCAAGUAUCAGUGAGGAACUCAAAAGUGUCCUAAAGCUGUGGUGGACCUUAGCAUCCUUGCCGUGGUCACAAUUCAGAACGUGUCAAGAAUCAAUGUGUUUGGGAAAACAAUCACAUUACCUUCACCAACUGAGAUUUUAAUUGUAGUUUCUAUUCUAUUGUUUGGAUUUCUGUGUUGGUUGCUAAUUCUCUGAUAUUUUGACACCACCUUGCUAACACCUUUACUUCUUUUUUUGUACCUUUCUUAUUAAGGACUUGAUUUAUGAACCUUCAAAUCUCAGAACUCUUUAAUAGACUAAAAUCCAGAAAAGCUGAAUCCUUUAAAAGUCAAGGAAACAUUUAUUUAAGGAGGAUGGAAGAAUUGUAUUUGCACAUAGUGAAUACAGUUCCUUAUGUAUCGUAUUUGCAAUAGGAAGUACGUGAAAUUUUGCAUGAGAGAAUUUCCUAGACUGGGGAUUUGAAAACAACCCUUGGCUCUUUGGUAUUUUUGGUGUAAAUUAGAAAUAGCUGCACUGUAAACAUUAGAUUUAUGCUUUCAUGAAGCUGGUGUCAGAACAGAGCAAAGCCCUAGAGGAGCAGGAACAGAGAGUGAUGUGAAGGAAAGAGGCAACACUGCUGAACCAACUUAUUCUCUUCCUUCCCCAGAAGAUCUUAUCUCUAUAAAACCCAGCCUCUCCAACCUCCUUGGACAUCUGUGGCUGUAACAAUACCAUGACUGAAAGAAAGAGAAGUUAUUUCAAAGUAAUUGAAUUCAAACUGAAAAAUUUAUGGAAAUGAAUACCCAGAAUUAGGUGUCCAGAUCUUUAUUCAGGUGCCUAAACAAUGCCAAGUUGCUUGCACCAGGUGUUGUUCAACUUAAACCAGGGAAAUAAUAUUCAGUAUGAGAUAUUACUGAGGCUGAAUAAAAAAUCUCAGAAUUUAGCCCUGAAUUUUCUGACUUUGAAAGUUUGAAGUAUCUAUCAUCUUCCUUUGACACUGAUGAAAGUUAUUAUCUCAGCUUCUUUGAAAAUUAGGUCACCUAUUUACAGCUCAGAUCUACAACUGAUUUAUGGCAGCUUAACAAGUCACCAUCUAUCUGCUGAACCACUAUAAUUGUCCGUGAAAUUCUUUUAUUGAAGUUUUUAACAAGUCACAUUCCCUCACAGCUGGGGAGACCAAGGACCCCAUGAACAGUUAUUGGCAGAGACUACAGAUCACUUGACAGGUGUGACUUGCUGAACUGCUUUGAUGAGUGCUUUAUUCCUUACUCGGCACCUAAGAAAGAAUGGAAGAAACUAAAUUUGGAACUACAUCUUUGCAGAUCUUAUGCUAGAAGCACACUCCUUACCUUAGGUGGCAGAGGAGCUGUGCAUCAUGGUCUGCUUGGAGUCCCCAACAGAGACCUUACAGAUCUGGUUUUGUUUGUUGAUCUGCAUACCAUCCAUGGAGUAUGACAGAAAUCUAAGUAGGAAAAAUACAUUGCACUGAGUUUUAUUUGUGUGGAGUUUUAUAUCUUAACACAGGACUGAAGUGUAUUGCACAAAUAUAAGUAAUACAAUCUGUCUGGGCAUA